AUUAAAAUGCCACCAUUUUGGAAAUUUACACUACACCAUGGCCAACCUUUCCCUAACCAGCAACUUUGUUAGCUCAUCACUUACACCACACCAUCCCCGCCGCCUCGCUUCACCGGAAGAUUAUGCAAAACCAGUGCAGAGACAGAGAGGGAGCAAACUUACAAUCACAUGCGCAGCAAAAUCCGGUGGUGGAGGAGGCGGCGGCAACCCUUUUAAAUCCAUCAUAAACAGGUGUAAAAGUUGUGGAGGUCAGGGUGCUAUUGAAUGCCCCGGAUGUAAGGGUACGGGGAAGAACAAGAAGAAUGGAAACAUCUUCGAACGUUGGAAGUGUUAUGAUUGCCAAGGCUUUGGACUGAAGAGUUGCCCUGCUUGUGGAACAGGAGGUUUAACUCCAGAACAACGUGGGGAGAGAUAAUUAAUGACAAUACUAAUGUAUGAUUCAUUAUAUUAUAUAACAUGUAUAAAUAUUAUAGUUGUGACAAGCCUAGUCUUAGUUACUAGGCCGAAAAUCAUGCAUGGGUAUAGUUCCUUAAAAUGCAUUUAUUUUCAAGCCCAAAAUGCAAAAGUCAUUUAAUAUUCUAUACCCAAGUCCAAGAUAUAUUCUCAAUAUAGAUUUAUUUUUAGUA